GUUGCGUACACAUCGUGUUAGCUCCUCACUUCUUAUGUUUUUAAGUUCACCAACAUCCGCUGUCAAGCACACUUACCCUGGUGGCCGCGCACUUAUCUGCGAAGCUUUUCGCAAGAAAGAAGUCCCGGACUGUGCCAUCGACACCAUGGUAGAAUCCAUCUCCGCCUCGACCAUGCGACAGUAUGAAACAACUUAUCGACAGUGGUGGAACUUCUGCAGCGAACGAUCUCUCUCUCCUUAUCAAGCACCCUCCAUAAUAGAAUUUUUACAGCGGGUGUUCGAGGGAAACAAUCUCCAGUACGGUAGCAUGAAUUCCCAUCGCUCCGCGUUGGCGCUUAUUAAUUUGCAACCGCUGUCAAACGAUGCGCGUCUUUCGCGCUUUAUGAAAGGAAUCUCUAGAUUAAGAUCUUCGAAACCGCGUUAUAAUAGCACCUGGGACCCUAACGUUGUGCUUGAGUACCUUCAGAAACUCGGACCUAAUUUUACUUUAACCCUGAAGGAUUUGUCAGCCAACCUAGUUACUUUGUUAGCUCUGGCCACAGGCCAUCGCCUUCAGACAAUCCAGUUAAUCAAAUUAUCAAACAUACAUACCUCUGCACAGGGCAUACAGAUUCCUAUCACUGGCCCCGUUAAAACGUCGGGUUCCAAUCGAUCUCAGCCUUGUCUGCAAAUACCAAGAUUUGCUGAAAAUCCCUUACUCUGUGUAGCUACUACUUUGAUUGACUACAUAGAGGCCACAAAACCCCUUCAGACUCCGAAUCAGGACUACCUGUUUAUUACUUUUAAAGAGCCUUAUAAAACCGCUACCAAACAAUCCAUCAGUCGCUGGAUUAAAAACACAUUGCUUACGGCUGGAUUGGAUACAAAUGGUUUCAAGCCGCAUUCGUUCCGUCACGCAUCCACUUCUGCGGCUUAUAGGCAUGGGCUUUCUCUCUCAAAUACCCUAUCAUCACCGGGCAGCUAGUACAAGAAAACUAUCAUAUUUCAUUUCGGUGAAUAGUUUCGGUUGUAUACACAACCAGUUUACACUGUUUAGUUAGGAUAUUCGGUUAUUAAAGGUUACUUUAUAAGACAACAGAGUUGUCUCAGCUUGCACGGGCCGAAUUAAUCCAGAUCUCUAAACAACUACAUGGUGUAUAAUCUAAGUGAUAUUGAGGAUUGGACACUGAUAUAUAAUUAGUGAUCAAGCGAACUUACCUUAAGUGAAGUUCGAUCAUAAUUAUAUGAAGUGUCCAAUCCGAAGAUAUCACUCCCCUCCCUCCCUCUUUGUCUUUUCCCCUUGCCAAUAAUUCGGCCCUCUCCUUUUUAUCUCUAAAGAAUGAGCGUAGAGGGGCGUGGGUCGAGUAAGAUAGACGCGGGUAGCGGGAAAUUCAAAUAUUAAUCUUUAAACAUAGUGCGCAACAGUACUACAUGGGUGUACUACAUGGUGUAUAAUCUAAGUGAUAUCUUCGGAUUGGACACUUCAUAUAAUUAUGAUCGAACUUCACUUAAGGUAAGUUCGCUUGAUCACUAAUUUUUAUAU